AUGACUUACAGCAGGAAACAGGUCGUGACAACUAUUAGUGUUGUGUAUCUCAUUCUCGUUACAGCACUUGCAGGGUACGCUGCCUCGUUCGCGAACAAGCUCUCCCUGCCCAUACCAGAUGGACUGGCCCACGCGACUACAGUUCUCCCAAUCGUCUCCGGCCUCCUCCUCCAAGUUGGCUACGAUCUCACCCGUCGACAAGAGCGUCGCAAGCGGCUUAAUCGCGGAGAGAUUCAGCGCCCACCCCUCGUCAUCAUCGCGAACACGCUCAUCUUCAUCUAUUCCACCGUCGUAAUCACACUGCUUGGAACUUAUGCAGCCCCACCCUCGGGUCUUGAUUGUGGACUACGUGAGCGAUGGGAGACCCUCUACCGACACAAAUAUGUAGAGGCCGUACGCACGAUACAGGAUGCUUUCAUGUGUUGCGGCUUCAAGAAUUCUCGAGAUAUGGCAUGGCCCUUUCCGGACAAGACACAUAAAGCCACGGCUUGUGAAGAAGCAUUUGGGCACACAAAUGGCUGUCUGGGUCCAUGGAAAAGCGAGGAGCAACGAAUGGCAGGCAUUCUUAUGGCAGUCGUAGCGUUGGUGUUUAUGUGGCAGGUCAGUCACUAUUACUACUUUACUGCUUUCGUCCCCGUCACUGACAAUAACAAGUUCGCUAUCAUUGCCAUACCUACGCAACGAGAGACUUGGCUACAUAGUGUGGUUCCUGAUAGAGUCUCUCGCAUGAUCGCAGAUGAGGAACAUACUGGUAACGAUGGCCCCCACCGAGCAAUCGAUUACUUGCCCAAUUUCAAUCAGUACUCAGAUCGAGUAGAAGAAGACAACAGCGAUGGCGACGUCGAGAACGGAGCGCGCAAGGCCAUCGAAUCGAGCACUGAGCAUGCGGAGAACGUGUUCCCAGGUAGGAGCGAUGAUGGAGGACAAGAGCGUGGGCCUCUGGAGAACGAAUGGCUACGAUCUUCAGACUAA